GUUCAGCGUCUUCCGUCAGGUUUCUCGUGACUGAGACGCGGCGCUCUUUAUUCGUUCAUUUCUCCGUUAAUUUCUCCGUUGCUGCGUUAGUGUAAUCAUUACCUUCAUAACGGUUCAGACUUUGGACUCGUCCUGGUUGUUUUUCAGGAGAGGCGGUGAAACAGCGGAUCGUCAACAUGGCUCAGUACGAAGAAGUUGAAGUUCACGGUUACGAGGAGUUCUGCAAAGCUGUGUCAGAAAGAAAAGGAAAGGAUAUAUUUGCUUAUUUCAGCGGGGACAAAGACGAGCAGGGGAGAAGCUGGUGUCCAGACUGUGUAAAAGCUGAGCCAGUGGUCCGAGGCGAGAUGGAGCAUCUUCCUGAAGGUUCAGUCUUCAUUUACUGCCAAGUGGGAGACCGGCCAUACUGGAAAGACCCCAACAAUGAAUUUAAGAAGACUCUAAAACUCACAGGAGUCCCAACUCUACUACACUAUGGCACACCACAGACGCUGGUGGAGGAGCGGUGUUUCAAAGCAGACCUGGUUCGGAUGAUGUUCACAGAAGAUUAGUGCCUCUUGUGGGUGUGGUAGUAGUUUUAUGCAUGCUGUAAGAUGCAACACAACCAUUUGAUUCACUUCCUACCUUUUUUUUCUGCUCUGUUAGUCUUUAUUACAUCUGGUCAGCUGCAUCUCUUACUGUGGAAUUAGAAUUGAGCGCUGACUUGUAUGACGCAGUAAUAAUGCUGAUAUAAUAUGGUGCACACAUGCGGCCGGUAUGUACUCACUAUGAUCUGAAAGGGAAAAUCUAGUCCUGUGUGGUGCUUUCUUUAUAGGACGUGACAUAUUAAAGGUCCUCAAAAAUAAAAUGUAGAAAUAGCAAUAUAUUAUCUUAAAGAUGGUGUAUAGUAAACUAUACAAAUAUAAAAAGCUUGUAAUUAUAGUAGAGAAAAUGUCAUAAAAAUUAAAUUAAGCUUUAUUCUUUCAAAUGUAUGCUUUCAGUACUGCAGAACUAAUAAAGAAAGAUAAUUGUACUAA